GGGAGUAUUGAUCAGGACGGGAGUGGAGCUAAGCUGGACGUAUUGCGAAGCGGAGGAUUACUGCCGCGAUUAACAGGAAACUUCCGACUAGACGACGACGACGGCUUAAAAAUCAGAGAUACGUCUCAAGGGGUUUAAAUUUACGAGCACGUCUAUCUGCUGCUUAAUAAUCUCUAUAUCACCAGCAGUCAACUGCGGUCCAGUUCCCGUGACUCGAGGGCUUCCACACAGGACACCUGGACGAUCCUCUUUGUUCUUUGAUUUAAUUUCCCUGGAGGGAAGUCGAUCGAUCCCUUCUUGGCGGGAAAACUGAGCACGACGACGUCCUUGUCGUCGUCUUCCACAAUUCAAUUGAAGUUGACAUUGACCGUGAGAUAGAGAUGGGAGUUUCCCAAAAUUCGAAGGGUUUGAUACUGGCUGUUGCAUCUAGUGUAUUCAUAGGGGCAAGCUUUAUCUUGAAGAAGAAGGGUCUUAAGCGUGCCGGUGUCCACGGUACUCGCGCAGGAGGUGGUGGCUAUACUUACUUACUAGAGCCACUAUGGUGGGCUGGCAUGGUGACAAUGAUUAUUGGGGAGGUUGCGAAUUUUGUGGCUUAUAUCUAUGCUCCAGCAGUUCUGGUUACCCCCCUCGGAGCUCUGAGCAUCAUUGUCAGUGCUGUUUUGGCUCACUUCUUAUUAAAGGAAAAGCUUCAGAAGAUGGGGAUAUUGGGAUGUAUAUCCUGUAUUGUAGGAUCAGUGGUUAUUGUUAUUCAUGCACCUCAAGAACAAACUCCAAAUUCAGUGCAAGAAAUAUGGGAUCUGGCCACUCAACCAGCAUUUCUAGUUUAUGUUGUGGCAACAAUUUCAGUAGUUUUAGCUUUGAUUUUGCACUUCGAACCUCAUUAUGGACAGACUAAUAUGCUGGUUUACUUGGGAAUUUGUUCUCUGAUGGGCUCACUUACGGUUGUGAGCAUAAAGGCCAUUGGAAUUGCAAUAAAGCUUACGCUUGAGGGAGUUAAUCAAAUAACUUUUCCGCAGACUUGGUUUUUUCUCACUGUGGCAACAAUAUGUGUCAUUACCCAGUUGAAUUACCUGAACAAGGCGCUAGAUACAUUCAACGCGGCAGUUGUUUCUCCUGUAUAUUAUGUCAUGUUCACAACUCUGACUAUUAUUGCUAGUGCAAUAAUGUUUAAGGAUUGGUCAGGUCAGAAUGCCAACAGCGUAGCAUCUGAGGUAUGUGGUUUCAUCACCGUUCUUUCGGGAACAAUAAUUUUGCAUGCGACAAGAGAUCAGGAGCAAUCUAACAUGCAAGGGACCUUGACGUGGUACAUUGGUGAGGAUUCGAUGAAGGGCCUGGAGGAUGAACACCUGAUCCUUAUACAUGGUUCAGAAUAUGUUGAACAUUGAUUUGUCCUGAGGGUGGUGAUGUUUUGGCAGCAAUCAUGCAACAGCUUGAUGCCAACCAAUUUUGCUGUUUGGAGUGCUUGGCUUGUCACCGAUUGUGGGAUGUAGAUCUGUGCAUUUUGGAAUCCUGUAGUUUUCUGGCCGUUUCUCAGCUUGCUGCUGCACAGGCAUGCAGGUUAUGCAAGGGAACCCCUCCUGGGAUGGGUGAUGAACCACCCUAGAUUCAAGCGCAGGAUCCAAUUGAAACUGCAACGGUGAUCAUUAUCACAUUGCGACACUUUCAGAUGUUAGGGGGUGAUUUCACUGUGUUAAAAUCCUUGUGACUUGCUUACCCAUCGGCUAGUAACACUAGGCAUUGUUUUAUGUACAAAAUUUACAUUUGUCAUUCAACUAUCAGAUUCUAUUGAUUCUUCUUCAGUUAUGAGAAGCAUUUAUUUUUGUUUGUUUAAAAAUUUUGAAACAUAUACUAGACUCUCUGGAAAAUCUUUAGUGUUUUUCA